CCUGAACAGCUGGCUUGAUGUCGCGACUUUACAAUAUGUUACAUAAUGUUUUAUUACAAUCUCGUUAUAUAAAGAUAAACUGAAAGUGGCAUGACUGUGCUAACUAGUACGUAUAUUAGUACAAUGUAGCUGUGCCAUCUUUGUAAUGUUUAUGGAUAGUGCAUAUAAAUACUUUAAACAUUUGGAAUCUACUUAUAAUAAACAGAUACUCGGAAAUUAAUUAAUAUUUAAAUUCAUGAACUGCUGUAAGAGUAUAAAGUAUGUAUGUAUAGUCACGAGCUAUCGGGGCUGUAUAUGUAAACCACUGGACAACUGGACGGUGUUUAUCACUGGUCAACAUGAGCCUUAAGACUCGCAAUACACGGUGGCAGAGGCGGGCGCCUCGUACAAACGGAAGAACUGAAGAAGCUGAGCGUCUACACCCUGCAGGAGCUGGAUUCACCAUGGGUGACGUGGUUCACGCGCGUGUUGACGUCAGUCACCUUGAUCACCACAUCGAGGCUUCGCUUCAAAAGAUGACUUUGGAGAGUACUAUAGAGAGUCGAGAAAGAAAGUAUUGUAUUAAAUUAAGGAGCUAUAAGUCUCACAUAUUUACACUACUUUUGUUACUAGGGUACCUCGUGUAUGCUGGAUUUUGUCUCUACCUCAACCCCUCGGAGUCUGUGUUUGUGUGCAUACUUGGAGUGUUCGUUCUUUAUUUUUCAAUUAAUAAACUCACAAACCGGAAGCUUAAACAUGUUAUAAGUAAAGGUAUUUCCAAAGGUGUUAAGUUUUUGAAACCCAGCAAAAGGAAGGGGAUAUGGAUGCGUAGGGUUGUAACGGUGGUGGCGGUGGUGAGCGUGUUCGUUUUCUUAGGUUUCGACAUCAGGGACCGCUGGGAGGGAUGGACGCCCCUCGCCGGGCUCACCGCCUUCAUUCUCGGAUCUGUCCUCUUCUCGAAAAAACCCAAGAAGAUCAACUGGACGCCGGUGGUGUGGGGGAUCUUGUUGCAGUUCGCCCUUGGGAUGCUCAUUUUGCGCUGGCAGCCCGGCUUCCGUGCCUGCAUGUGGCUAGGUGACCAAGUUACAACAUUCCUCGGCUACACCGACCUUGGCUCGCAGUUUGUAUUCGGGGAUAAAUACCUUGACCAUCCUGUCGUCUUUCAAAUCCUGCCGGUUGUGGUGUUUUUCAGCGCAGUGGUGUCAGUCCUGUACUACAUAGGCGCCAUGCAGGCGGUGAUCAAGGUCAUCGCCCUCUUCCUGCAGGCCGUUCUCAACACCACACCCAUAGAAUCCUUCGCCACUGCCGCACACAUUUUCGUAGGCCAGGUUGAGUCCAGUGUGGCGCUGCGGCCCUUCUGGAUGCGGCUGACCGAGUCUGAGAUGCACGCUGUCAUGACGAGUGGCUUUGCUACCGUCGCUGGAACACUGUUUGGGGCAUAUGUGAAAUUUGGGGUGCCGGCGGAACACGUUAUAUCGGCGUCGUUCAUGUCUGCGCCGGCGGCACUCGCUAUCGCCAAGAUAUCCAUCCCAGAAACGCAGAAGUCGCAGAUCCGAUCUCAAAAGGAAAUCAAUCUGCCAUCAGGCCAGGAAACGAACCUGAUCGAGGCGCUGUCAGCGGGGGCGACGAUGGCCAUCAAGCUGAUCGCGUACGUGGUUGUCAACAUUAUCGCGUUCGUUGCAGUGCUUGGAUUUCUGGACGCCUGUCUGGGGUACCUGGGUGCUAGGGUCGGUCUCCCCGACAUGUCCUUCCAGUUAAUAUGUUCGUACGUGUUCAUGCCGGUAGCGGCGGCAAUGGGUGUACGGUGGGACGAGGCACAGACGGUGGGCGCCCUGAUCGGCAAGAAGAUCGUCCUCAACGAGUUCCUCGCUUACAUCGACCUCGGAGCCAUGAUCCAGGCGGGCACGCUCAGUGAUCGAACUGGUGUCCUAGCCACCUACAUCCUGUGCGGGUUUGGCAGUAUCGCGGCCCUGGGAAUCAACCUGGGCAGCCUCACAUCUGCCGCACCCGACCGCCGCCCAGACUUCGCCCGUCUGUCCGUCCGCUCCAUGAUCAACGGGAACAUUGCGUGCUUCAUGACGGCGUGCAUUGCUGGUUUGUUGUACCAGGGUGACGUCGCGCACAGCCCUCAUAGCGUCGUACAGAACGUCACCGUGAUGAUACCAGACAACGUCACGACACUUUUCAACACAACGACACAAGUUAUGCUUACAUCUACAGUAUAAUGACGCUCAAUGGUCUAAAGUCAAAUGACAGUAGCAUGCUUAACUAUUCCCGCUUUACUUGGACUUUCCUGCAAACAACAGCCACUGAAUGCAGUAAAUGUUUACGAGGUUCUAUCGUAUUCAACUAUAUCAGGAACACGAAGAAAGAAUAACUGCGAGAAUGCGAAGAAGAAGAAAAAAUGCGUGAAUUUCAAAACAGAAUUGCCAGUUUUUUUAUGCCCCCUAAAGUGGCAUAUUAAAAUCGCACCGUCCGUCCGUCCGUCCGUCCGUCCGUCCGUCUCAAUAACUCGUGUCCGGGCUGUAACUUUCCCUUGUUUGGACAGAUUUUAUAAUAACUUGCCACAUGUGUUCGGCAUACCAAGACAACGUGUCGCGUGCAAUAACCGUGUUCCUACCUUUAAGGUCAAGGUCACACUACGUGUUUAUUCACAGUGGAAUGCUGCAUAUAAGGACAUUGAGUAUAGGUUGUCGUGUUCGGGCUGUAACUUCCGCUUGACUGGACAGAUUUUAAAAUAACUUGCCACAUGUGUUCUGCAUGCCAAGACGACGUGUCGCGUGCAAGAACCGUGUCCCUACCUCUUAGGUCAAGGUCAUACUUAGUGUUUAUUCACAAUGGAAUGCUGCAUAUAAGGACAUAGAGUAUAGGUUGUCGUGUCCGGGCUGUAACUUCCCCUUGUAUGGACAGAUUGUAAAAUAACUUGCCACAUGUGUUCUGCACACCAAGAAGACGUGUCGCGGGCAAUAACCGUGUCCCUACCUCUAAGGUCAAGGUCACAAUUAGUGUGUAUUUACAAUUGAAUGCUGCAUAUAAGGACAUAGAGUAUAGGUUGUAGUGCCCGGGCUGUAACUUUCCCUUGUAUGGACAGAUUAUAAAAUAACUUGCCACAUGUGUCCUGCAUACCAAGACGACGUGUCGCGUGCAAGAACCGUGUCCCUACCUCUAAGGUAAAGGUUACACUUAGUGUUUAUUCACAAUGGAAUGCUGCAUAUAAGGACAUAGAGUAUAGGUUGUCGUGUCUGGGCUGUAACUUUCCCUUGUAUGGACAGAAUUUAAAACAACUUGUCACAUGUGUACGACAUACCAAGGCGACGUUUUGCGUGCAAGACCCGUGUCCCUACCUCUAAGGUCAAAGUCACACUUAGGUGUUUAUUCACAAUGUAGUGCUGCAUACAAGGACACAGAGUAUUGGUUGUUGUGUACGGGCUGUAACUUUUUCUUGUAUGGAUAGAUUUUAUAAUAACUUUUCACAUGUAUUCGACAUACCAAGACGACAUGUCGCGUGCAAGACCCAUGCCCCUACCUCUAAGGUGAAAGAUACACUUAGUGUUUAUUCACAAUUGAAUGCUGAAUAUAAGGACAUAAGAAUGUAGGUUGUCAAGUAUGGGUGGUAUUUUUUAUGUUCAGAGGUAAUUUAA